AGCGUCAUAUGGUGACUGCUCAUUGGUCCCUUGCUGAUCGCUGCAGUGGUGGGGUGGAGAGGGAAAGGCCAAUGCAGCCCUGUGGGUCUGGUAUCUGCGUUUCCACAGCAACACAUAUCCCAUUACGUGGAGGCGUUGAGGAGGUGGACUUUACACAGAGGUGGAGGGACAGGUGACGCAGACCAACUCUUCUUCCUGGAAAGAAACGCAGCAACUAAAGAAAAGAAAAUGGCCAAAUUCUUCACACCAGUUCAAAUCAACGAGUUCAAAGAGUGCUUCUCCUUGUACGACAAGAAACGAAAGGGCAAGAUUGUUGUCAAAGACCUGAUCACAGUUAUGCGCUGCCUGGGUACGAGCCCCACGUUCGGAGAAAUCGAAAGACAUCUACAAGUUCACAAAAUCGAAAAGGCCGGUGAGCUGGACUUCUCUACGUUUCUGACGAUGAUGCACAGACAGAUGCAGCAGGAAGACCCCAAGACAGAAAUCCUGGAGGCCUUGAGGAUGACGGACAAACAGAAGAACGGUUACAUCCAGGCGUCUGAGCUGCGGGCCAAGCUCACCUUGUUGGGGGAGAAACUCACAAACAAAGAAGUGGACGAGCUCUUCAAAGAGGCAAACGUCAAGUCAAACGGGGUCGUCAACUAUGAAGAAUUCACGCACAUGGUGACGCUGCCGCCUGUGGAUUACUGACUGUCCCAAGUCGACUUCGCACACAAUUUAACUUGAUGAUGUUGAAACGGGUCAAUUCUGUAGCGACCCCAUUGGGACUGGAGACAUCCUUCACCUUUUUAAUGUUUUUUCUUUCACAAAGAUUAUUCCACGAUUCUUUAAUCAAACCUCUUUCAGGAGCUUUUCCUGAACACAAUGUGAAGCAAUAUAUGAUAUUAUUUGGCACGCCAUCUAUUGGAUUUACUCCACCCAAUCAAAUGUAAUGUCCAGUUCGAUAUUUGGUGCGUGCACUUCUGAUAUAUUACGCUCUUAAUGUCACGAUGUAGACUUUCUUCAGUCAACCGUCGACACCUCAGUAUUAAACUGCGUCAUCCUGUUAAACUUGUGUAAUUAAAGCCGUGUUUAAAUCUU